GACGACGUGUUGAUCGGGGGCGUGCAUUUCGCAAUGUAUCGUUGCAUGCAUGACUAAACUCCGAUAGCCAGUAUAGGCUAUAUAGCUAUUUAUCGGCAAAACAAGAAAAGUUGCUUUUUGCUGCUGAUUAAUUCUUAGCGGGAACAGCUUCCUUUAGCGAGCACAUACAGGAUCUGAGCGGGGCGUAGUUCAGCACUAGGCAGUAUAAUACACCAAUUACUUCCUGUUUCACCACAAGUGUCACAAUCCCAGCAAGAUGACAGGUUUAAUCAAAGCCAAACAAUAUGACUGGAAGGACAGCAACAUGGCUCUGUUUGGAUCAGACACAGAGAAGCAAGUCAAAAAGGAGUCGGCUGAAUCUGAGCCUGCCUGGAAAGGAAUCGGUCAGAAACCCGGGUUACAGAUCUGGAGAAUUGUGAAAUUCAAGGUUACCUCCUGGCCCAAAGAGGAUUAUGGGAAAUUUUACAAUGGGGACUCAUACAUAAUUCUAAAUACCUACAAGGAAGAGGAUGGGGAUGAACUGUUGUACGAUGUCCAUUUCUGGAUUGGAAAAUACAGCACCCAGGAUGAGUAUGGUACAGCGGCUUACAAGACAGUGGAGCUGGACACGUUUCUGGAUGACAAACCGAUUCAGCACAGAGAGGUGCAGGGCUUUGAGUCGGAUCUCUUCUUGUCCUACUUCGAUACAAUCACAAUCCUUGAGGGAGGGGCAGACACCGGAUUUAACAAGGUUCGCCCCGAGCAGUACACUCCCCGACUGUUCCACUUCUGUGGCACCAGGAAGAGGGUAGAGGUCAAACAGGUUCCUCGAAAUGCUAAACGUCUGGAUAGUGGAGAUGUGUUCAUCCUGGACCUGGGUCUGACUAUUUACCAGUGGAACGGCAAAAGCAGCAACAAGGACGAGAGAAUGAAGGCAAUGCAAUAUCUGAUUGCCUUGAAAGACGAGCGCCACGGCAAAGCCAAGUCUGAAGUGUUGGAAGAGGAGGGGCUAUCUCAGAGUCAUGAGUUUUACCACGCCCUGACAGAGGAUGAUGUCCCAGAUGAAGCUGAAAACUUGAAACCAAAGGACACAAAUAUAGAACUCUUCCGAUUGUCUGAUGCCUCAGGACAGUUGACCUUCAAAGUGGAAAAGUCAGGGGCCGUGUCUACCUCAGACCUGGACAGUAAGGAUGUGUUCAUUGUUGACACCAAGAAAGCCAUCAUUGUGUGGAUUGGGCAGGAAACCUCAAUGGCCGAGAGAAAGAACGCUAUGGCUUAUGCUCAUAAAUACCUACAGAGCACUGACCAUCCAUUACUGAGUGUGGCCUGUCUGGCCGAGGGGAAACACGAUAAACAGAUCCGCUUGGCCCUCAGUGCCUAAUGCCCCGAGGCCAAAGGCCGAGGACAAAGAGGCGGAGUUAGGAUCUGCUCUAAGAUCUCCAGAGAGAUAGCUGGAGUCAGUAUCAGCAAUAUUUAGUGUUUUAGUUGUAUUGUUCAAGGUUUCAGUGUUUAGUGUAUUGGUAAGAGAUUGGAUCAAUUUAAAACAGGGACCCGACUUUUACAGUCAUGUAUGGAUACAGGUUUAUAUUUACAUCCGUUAAAGUUUUUGUUCUACUUUUGACAUAUAUUUUUUUUAAAAGAUCAAUGUUAGCCUAGUUCAAUCAUUAUUUACAUACUUGUCUUGUUUUUCUUUCUUUAUCUCUUUGUAGUGCCUAUUCUCUCUGUGCAAUAGAUCAGAAUUUUGCAAUAAUUUAUUUAGACUUAGAAUAUAAAGAUAUUUAAUAAACUUGAGCAGCAAUAUUUCUGUG